AUCAUUAUUAUUUUCUUUUUCCAUUGUUCUUACAGUCACCAGUUUCACCUUUUUCUUUCUCCUUCCCUCUAACUCGCCCUGUCCUUUUCCUCCACUCUCUCUCUCUCCAUCGCUGAUAAUCAUAAUAGAGUACUGCUGGGGGCAAAAACAUAAUGGAGCAGGCCAUAAAAAGGACUGGGCGAGAGUCCUCAAGAGGGAACUAACUAGAUUCCAAACCCACAGACUGCAACCCAACACAGAGCUUUUCUCUUCGCUUUGGGUUGAUUCAAUCUCUUCAUCUCUCUUCUUCCUUCAUAUGUUCAUGCUCCACUCCUCUCCUCUCCUCCUUUCUUCCUGAAUAUGACUGGUGAGUGAGUGUGUCCUUCUGUUGUGCUUGGAGUGGCCGGAGAGAAUUUUACAGAGCUACCUAGCAAAAAGGGUCGGGAAAGUCAGGGAUAUAAAGUUCACUGCUUUUUUCCCCUCCUCUCUUUUCUUCUUCCUCCCGUCCCCUGCUGCUACUUCUGAGAGAAUGGAGUUCAUGGAGUUAUAGCAGCAGAAGCAGCAGUACCCAACAAAACCAAACAACAGGGUAGCAAAAUAUCAAAGACAAAUGGAUCUCUUCAAUUUCUGGCUGCUUUCUCAUUACCUGGUUGGGUAAAAUCAUGAAUGGUUUUGACUGUUAGCCUUCUUCUUCUUCUUCCGGUACACACCAUUAACAGCCAUCUGGCUCAGAAUCAUCAGAAAUCAUCAGUCCCUUUUUUUGGAAUGGCUAUGCUGCCUUGACUCGUUUCCAGAGUUUGCGAUCAGAGGGAUCAUAAGUGAAAAAACAGAGGGUGGAAGAGAGCUUGACGAUGGGGGAGUACAGUUCUUCAAGCAAGUCCAAUUCCAUUCCGCGGUUAUUCACUGCCUUCGCCUCCUUCAAGAAUGAAACCGUCGAAGCUGCGGCGAUGAUGAGCCCGACUUCCAUCCUAGAUAGCAAGUCCUUCUCCGGCCUCAAAAACCCAUUCUCCCCUGAACUCGCUUCUCCCGCCGCCGCCGACGCUCCCAAGCGGAGCCAGUACUGGGAAAACCUCGAUUCCCCUAAAAUCGGGCUCGGCUUAGUCGACGUUCUCUUCUCCGAUCAGAACAAGAAGAGCCCUCCAAACUCAUCAACAAAAUUACCCGCCGAUAGUCGAAUGGUUCUGUUCGGGUCCCAGCUCAAGAUCCAGAUCCCUUCUUCCUUGCUCUCCCUCCCGCCUUCUUCCCCAGCAGCAGGGUCUUCCCCCAGAUCUCCGGCCGAUUUCGGGAUCAAGACGAGGAACUCUCAAUUGGGCAGCUCUUUCUCCUCCUCCGGUCUAUCCCCAUCUCCCGUACUGAAAUCCACGAUGUUCGGGUCGGACAAUUCGGGUCUGGACGCUUCGCCGCCGCCGCGGGUCUUCACCGCCGGCGAAAUGGAGCUCUCCGAGGACUACACCUGCGUCAUCUCCCACGGCCCCAUCCCGAAAACCACUCACAUAUUCGACGAUUGCAUCGUCGACGCCUGCUGCGGCGUGUUUAGCCUCGAUCCCUCGGUCAAAGAAGCGUCCGACGAUUUCUACCCUUCUGAGAGCUUCUUAAGCUACUGCGACAAUUGCCGCAAGGAUCUCGGCCAGGGGAAAGACAUCUACAUGUACAGGGGAGAGAAGGCGUUCUGCAGCAGGGAGUGCAGGUACCAGGAGAUGCUGAUGGAAGGAGAUGAAAUGGAUCGUGAGGAAAUCUAUGGAAAUUGUUCCUGACAGUAGUAGUCAUUGGUUAGCUGUAGAAAGAAUCCAGUCAGUCUCUCUCUCUCCUGGCCUGGGAAUUAUGAGGGCAAAGAGGUCUCCGGCAUCCAAAGUGGAGACAGAUUGAUUGUUUUAAACAAUAUAAAGACGAUGAUCAAUGGCGAUAUGUUUAAUUAGAUAAUAUAGAUAUAUAAAUAUGGAGAACCAAAUUGUAUAUUUGGAUCUGUUUUUGCAGGAAGUUUCUUUUCCUUCGUGUAUUUCUCACUUUUUCUUCUUCGUCUUCUUCUUCUUUCUGCUGUAUGUCAUCAGUGGUUUUGGUUCCCCUUUUGAUGAAACGAACAGAGGGAAUCAACAGGGUAAUGGAGAAAAGAAAAAGAAAAGAAAAUGAAAUGGUGGGGGGAAGAAAAAUAAUUGUAGAAUUAAUUUUGGUGAAAUGAAAUGAAAUGAAAUGAAGGUUUGAAUAUUGAUCGUUUCUUUUGUUUGUUUCUGGAUUUCUGUUUUUUUGCUCGCAAAGUUGGUGCAAUAAUGAUGCAUGACGAUGGAUAUAAGC